AUGGCCGCGGCCGACCUGCCCGACACCGAGAAGCCCAAGCAGGAGGAAUGGACCCACGUCAAGUCCAAGUCCCGGUUCCGGCGAAACGCCCCCCGACCGUCGCCUAAGCUCCCCGGCGCAUCCUCCAAAUCCGAUGAACCCCGCAUCCACAAGUCUGUCGCCGACAUCACGGCCGAGUACGACUCCUUCAAGACCCGCUGGCGCGACACCGCCUGCCACACGAAGCUGAGGGAGCUGGUCGAGACGAAUUCUGCGAAGCAUCGGACGGUCCGGAAGGCCGUGUGCCUCGGCGUCGGCACCUUCGACCCGGAGGACGGCGGCUGGGACGCCAAGAGGCGGACCUACGUCCAGCUCGACGGGUUCCUGACCGUCGUGGAGGUCUUGUCCGAGUUGUACAAGGAGACCAUCCCGUGUUCGUUCCAAGAGCCCCGCUUCACGCCCAACGACACCGAGUUCCUCACGAAUCUGGGACACCAGGUCGUCGAGUCGCCUGCCGCUUUCGAGGCCGUUGAUGAAGAUACCCUGGUGUUUGCUGUGCACAUGUACCGGCCUAUAUACGAGGCGACGCUUGAGAAGGCGUCGCCUGCCAUGUUUGUUGGCACGGGCUGGGACGUUUGGGAUGAGUUCGCUACGAUGAAAGAGGGCGAUUUCAAGUGCAUGAGUGAUAUGCACGCAUCCCAUAGCCAUUUCCCCUUUCCCCAGGACGGCACGUUCACUACGUUCUCGAGCACGUGUCUGUAUUGGCGGCCGAAGCCUGAGCCCUCGGCUCCUUUGGAGGACCAGUUGGUGGAUGAAGCUUCAACAGUGGCUCCAGAUAGCCUGGCAGAAAAGUCCUCAGUAGAGGUUUUGGAGCAAGUGACAGAGGAAAAGGCCGCAGCGGAGGCGAAAGUUGAAACAGGCGCCCAGCCGAGUUGA